CACCAACUGUCCUUUUACCAAAGAUCUUGAUGGUCAAUGUAUCAAAGUUGGACAAUCGAAAGUUUGUGUUGUUAAAGGUGUUUAUACUUAUUCGCUUCCAGGUGUUCUUCCAGAUGAAGAAUGUGGUGGAAUCGUAGGAACAACACCGCCGACUAAUACUACUGUGGACACUUGUCCUAUUUAUGACGCAAUAGGAAACGCUUUGGUUAGGUCAACAACAGCUCCUACUUUUAGUUGGUUAUGUUGUGAUAGCAAUGCAUGCAUUGUACCAGUCAAUGUGAAGGUUAGUAGCAAUCAGGCAAAUACGAAUUGUGCAAGCACUCAGUAUAGUCUAAUGUGCUUUAGGGAUAAUGGUGGUUGGUCAUGUACUGGUUCUAUUGGAUCUGUAAUUACUGAUCUUACCCAAGCAAUCGGGGGAUGUACAUUGCAAUUAACUUUGUCUUCUUUAUCAAUCCAAACUCAAUCGAGUGUUUCUGCGCAAAAAACCGAUAGUUCAAGUACUUCUGCGCAAACCGGUAAACCUGUUAGUUCUACACCUACUGGUAAACCUAAUACACCUUCGCUUG